GUAAGGAGGUCGUAGCUAGCACGGUGUUACCUCCUAGCUAGCUAGCUCUAUAGCUAGAACAUUAGGACUCCGGGAGAAGCUGAAGAAAAAACGCCAUGGCUCAAAUCCUGCCUAUCCGCUUCCAGGAGCAUCUGCAGCUCCAGAACCUGGGCAUCAACCCAGCCAACAUUGGAUUCAGCACUCUAACCAUGGAGUCCGACAAGUUCAUCUGCAUUAGAGAGAAAGUGGGAGAACAGGCCCAGGUUGUCAUCAUUGACAUGGCUGACCCCAACACUCCUAUUCGCAGGCCCAUUUCUGCGGACAGUGCUAUCAUGAACCCUGCCAGCAAAGUUAUUGCACUGAAAGCUGCUAAGACCUUGCAGAUCUUCAACAUUGAGAUGAAGAGCAAGAUGAAGGCUCACACGAUGACGGAUGAUGUGACCUUCUGGAAAUGGAUCUCCCUUAACACCGUCGCCCUGGUCACAGACAAUGCAGUCUACCACUGGAGCAUGGAGGGAGACUCACAGCCAAUCAAAGUCUUUGACCGCCACUCAAGCUUGGCUGGUUGUCAGAUCAUCAACUACCGCACUGAUGCUAAACAGAAAUGGCUGCUGCUCAUUGGCAUCUCAGCACAGCAAAACCGUGUGGUGGGGGCUAUGCAGCUUUACUCUGUGGACAGAAAGGUGUCUCAGCCCAUUGAGGGCCAUGCCGCUGGCUUCGCCCAAUUUAAGAUGGAGGGAAACACUGAGGAGUCGACUCUAUUCUGCUUUGCCGUGCGGGGACAGGCAGGAGGAAAGCUGCAUAUCAUUGAAGUGGGGACUCCACCAGCUGGUAACCAACCUUUUCCAAAGAAAGCUGUUGAUGUUUUCUUCCCUCCAGAGGCCCAGAAUGACUUCCCUGUCGCCAUGCAGAUUAGCUCCAAGCAAGAUGUGGUCUUCCUCAUCACCAAAUAUGGCUAUAUCCAUUUAUAUGACCUGGAGACUGGCACCUGCAUUUACAUGAACAGGAUCAGUGGGGAGACCAUCUUCGUCACCGCCCCCCAUGAGCCCACUGCUGGCAUUAUUGGCGUAAACAGGAAAGGGCAGGUGCUGUCCGUGUGUGUGGAGGAGGAGAACAUCAUUCCCUACAUUACUAAUGUGCUCCAGAACCCAGAUCUGGCUCUGCGCAUGGCCGUCCGCAACAACCUGGCUGGCGCCGAAGAGCUGUUUGCCCGCAAGUUCAACACCCUGUUUGCAGCAGGGAACUACUCAGAGGCUGCCAAGGUGGCCGCCAAUGCACCCAAGGGUAUCCUGCGUACUCCAGACACCAUCCGUCGUUUCCAGAGCGUGCCGGCCCAGCCAGGCCAGACGUCUCCACUGCUCCAGUACUUUGGUAUUCUACUAGACCAGGGCCAGCUCAAUAAGUUUGAGUCUCUGGAGCUUUGCAGGCCUGUGCUACAGCAGGGACGCAAGCAGCUGCUGGAGAAGUGGCUCAAAGAGGACAAGCUUGAGUGCUCUGAGGAGCUUGGGGACCUGGUGAAGUCUGUUGACCCCACUUUGGCCCUCAGCGUCUACCUUAGAGCCAAUGUCCCCAACAAGGUCAUCCAGUGCUUUGCAGAAACAGGACAGUUCCAGAAGAUAGUCCUGUAUGCCAAGAAGGUGGGCUACACCCCUGACUGGAUCUUCCUGCUGAGGAAUGUGAUGAGGAUCAGCCCAGAGCAGGGCCUGCAGUUUUCCCAAAUGCUAGUCCAGGAUGAGGAGCCACUGGCUGACAUCACACAGAUCGUGGAUGUAUUUAUGGAGUACAACUUAAUUCAGCAAUGUACAUCUUUCCUGCUUGAUGCUCUAAAAAACAACAGACCCAUGGAGGGACCGCUCCAGACACGCCUGCUUGAAAUGAAUUUGGUCCACGCACCACAGGUUGCAGAUGCCAUCCUGGGCAACCAGAUGUUCACCCACUAUGACCGCGCCCACGUGGCCCAGCUGUGUGAGAAGGCAGGUCUCCUGCAGAGGGCACUAGAGCACUACACCGACCUGUAUGACAUCAAGCGUGCCGUGGUUCACACACACCUGCUCAACCCGGAGUGGCUGGUGAAUUUCUUCGGCUCCUUGUCUGUGGAGGACUCAUUGGAGUGUCUGAGGGCCAUGCUAUCUGCCAACAUUCGCCAGAACCUGCAGAUCUGUGUCCAGGUGGCCUCCAAAUACCAUGAGCAGCUUUCCACCCAAUCCCUCACUGAGCUCUUUGAGUCCUUCAAAAGUUUUGAGGGACUGUUCUACUUCCUGGGUUCUAUUGUGAACUUCAGCCAGGACCCAGAGGUCCACUUCAAGUACAUUCAGGCUGCGUGUAAGACGGGCCAGAUCAAAGAGGUGGAGAGGAUCUGUCGGGAGAGCAACUGCUACGAUCCUGAACGUGUCAAAAACUUUCUUAAGGAAGCUAAGCUGACCGACCAGCUGCCUCUGAUCAUUGUGUGCGACCGCUUUGACUUUGUCCAUGACCUGGUCCUGUACCUCUACCGCAAUAGCCUGCAGAAGUACAUUGAGAUCUAUGUUCAGAAGGUGAAUCCCAGCCGGCUGCCAGUAGUUAUUGGAGGUCUGCUGGAUGUGGACUGUGCUGAAGACGUGAUCAAGAACCUAAUCAUGGUGGUUCGAGGGCAGUUCUCUACUGAUGAACUGGUGGCAGAAGUGGAGAAGAGAAAUAGACUGAAGCUUCUGCUACCUUGGCUGGAGGCUCGUAUCCAUGAAGGAUGUGAGGAGCCAGCUACCCAUAAUGCCUUGGCCAAGAUCUAUAUUGACAGCAAUAACAACCCUGAACGCUUCCUGAGGGAGAACCCCUACUACGACAGUUGCGUGGUGGGCAAGUACUGUGAGAAGAGAGACCCCCACCUGGCCUGUGUGGCCUAUGAGAGGGGACAGUGCGACCAGGAGCUUAUUCAUGUCUGCAAUGAAAACUCCCUGUUCAAGAGUCUGUCUCGCUACCUGGUCCGUCGCAAGAACCCUGAGUUGUGGGCAAGUGUGUUGCUGGAGAGCAACCCCUACAGAAGACCCCUCAUUGACCAGGUUGUCCAGACAGCCUUGUCAGAGACCCAGGACCCAGAGGAAGUAUCAGUCACAGUCAAGGCCUUCAUGACAGCUGACCUUCCUAACGAACUCAUUGAGCUACUGGAGAAGAUUGUCCUGGAUAACUCUGUCUUCAGUGAGCACAGGAACCUUCAGAACUUGCUGAUCCUGACAGCCAUUAAGGCAGACCGAACCCGUGUGAUGGAGUACAUCAACCGUCUGGACAAUUAUGAUGCCCCAGACAUCGCUAACAUUGCCAUCAGCAAUGAACUCUUCGAAGAGGCCUUCGCCAUCUUUAGGAAGUUUGAUGUUAACACUUCUGCUGUGCAGGUGCUGAUUGAGCACAUCGGUAACCUCGACCGGGCGUAUGAGUUUGCUGAGCGUUGCAAUGAGCCUCCAGUGUGGAGCCAGCUGGCUAAAGCCCAGCUUCACAAGGGUCUUGUGAAGGAGGCCAUUGACUCCUACAUCAAGGCAGAUGACCCCUCGGCCUAUAUGGAGGUGGGACAGGCAGCUGCACAGAGUGGUAACUGGGAGGACCUCGUGAAGUUCCUCCAGAUGGCCCGUAAGAAAGCCCGUGAGUCCUAUGUUGAGACAGAGCUGAUAUUCGCCCUGGCCAAGACUAAUCGCCUAGCUGAAUUGGAGGAGUUUAUCAAUGGACCCAAUAAUGCUCACAUUCAACAAGUGGGUGACCGUUGCUAUGAUGACAAGAUGUAUGAGGCAGCCAAACUUCUUUACAACAAUGUGUCCAACUUCGGCCGACUUGCCUCCACUCUGGUGCACCUGGGGGAGUACCAGGCCGCCGUGGAUGGAGCCCGCAAGGCCAACAGCACCCGCACCUGGAAGGAGGUGUGCUUUGCCUGUGUGGAUGGGAAGGAGUUCCGUCUAGCCCAGAUGUGUGGCCUGCACAUUGUCGUCCAUGCCGAUGAACUGGAGGAGCUCAUCAACUACUACCAGGACCGUGGCUACUUUGAGGAGCUGAUCACCAUGCUGGAGGCGGCCCUGGGCCUGGAGCGUGCUCACAUGGGCAUGUUCACUGAGCUGGCCAUCCUCUACUCCAAGUUCAAACCCCAGAAGAUGAGGGAGCACCUGGAGCUCUUCUGGUCUCGUGUCAACAUUCCAAAGGUCCUGAGGGCAGCAGAGCAAGCCCACCUGUGGGCAGAGUUGGUGUUCCUGUAUGACAAGUAUGAGGAGUAUGACAAUGCCAUCAUCACCAUGAUGAACCACCCCGCUGAUGCCUGGAAGGAGGGCCAGUUCAAAGACAUUGUCACCAAGGUGGCCAAUGUGGAGCUGUACUACAAGGCCACCCAGUUUUACCUGGAGUUCAAACCAUUGCUACUAAAUGACCUGCUCAUUGUCCUCUCUCCAAGACUGGACCACACACGUGCUGUCAACUUCUUCACAAAGGUCAAGCAGCUGCCCUUGGUUAAACCGUACCUGCGGUCAGUCCAAAAUCACAACAACAAGUCAGUCAAUGAAGCACUCAACAACCUUUUCAUUGCAGAGGAAGAUUAUGCGGCUCUGCGCACCUCCAUCGAUGCCUAUGACAACUUUGACAACAUCUCGCUGGCCCAGGGCCUAGAAAAGCACGAGCUGAUCGAAUUCAGAAGGAUCGCAGCCUAUCUUUUCAAGGGCAACAACCGCUGGAAACAGAGUGUCGAGCUCUGCAAGAAGGACAAGCUUUACAAGGAUGCCAUGCAGUACGCCUCAGAGUCCAAGGACACAGAGCUGGCAGAGGAGCUGCUGGCAUGGUUCCUGGAGGAGGACAAGAAGGAAUGCUUUGCCGCCUGCUUGUUCACUUGCUAUGACCUGUUGCGGCCUGAUGUGGUGCUGGAGACCGCCUGGAGGCACAACAUCAUGGACUUCUCCAUGCCAUACUUCAUCCAGGUUAUGAGGGAGUACCUCUCCAAGGUUGAUGCGAUUAAGGAAAAGGUGAAAGUGGACAAUCUUGAAGCCUCUGAAUCUCUGAGGAAGCAGGAGGAGCAAGCCACAGAGUCCCAGCCCAUCGUUUAUGGCACGCCCCAACUCAUGCUCACGGCAGGACCCAACGUGGCUGUACCUCCUCAGCAGCCCUACGGCUAUGGCUACACAGCGCCCACUGGCUACGGCCAGCCCCCACAGGCCGGCUUUGGCUACGGCAUGUGAACACCCACUGACCCAAAUCCCCUCCACCAUCUCAACUUGCCAGACCUAAACGCAACACCUUCCUUCUUCACCAACCUUUCCACUUGUCUGUCUCUCCUUGUUUCUCAUCAGCUUACCGUGGUCUUUUAUUCACAACAGGGGCGAAAAGCAAGCAAUGACCCGCUCUUAUUUGAAUUACUAUUUUUUUAUGUUGUCCCGUUGAGGAAAAUGUGUGACUGCUAUGAAGGACUUUUAUUUGUACUGUUUGAAAUGAAACUGGACCAUACGUCAAAUUUGUCUUUCCACAUUCCAUAUUUAUGACUACUUAUGAUUUAGAAAAUUUUCUUCUUUGUGUAUGUUUACAUGGUUUUUUUUUGUGGUUUUUUUUUUUUGGUGUAUUUUUGUGCAAAGUGGACUUGCUAAAGCAUUGAUGUUGGUGGAGCAGCAUUCAAUUUGCACUCUGACGUGAGAAGGAAUUAAUGUAGAAAGCUCUUAAUUUUGAUGUACUGAUCAUGUCAGCAGCUUACAAUGUCUCGUUUGUAUAAUGCAUUUCAUCAUUGUAUAUUCUGAGGAAAAAAUAUUUGAACAUAUAUUGCCAUUUGGAUGGCUAUAGCUAGCAACACUAAUUGACAAUAGUAUAUUCUGCACAAGUGUGUAGCUUUAUGGAGUUUUAAAUGCAUACAGAUGUAUGUGUGAGAGAGAGAGAGAAGGUGUGUGUGUGUGUGUGUGUGUGUGUGUGUGUGUGUGUGUGUGUGUGUGUGUAACCUAAUGUUCUGAAUAAGAGUUUUAACUCCUUCUCGGCCUGUACUAGGCUAUCCAGUCCCCCACUAGAUGUUAGUUGGCCUUCACCGGCUCCAUGUAUUUAGGUGACCUCUUGUGCCGUGUACAGUGCUUGUGCGUGAGACCGUUUCUGUGUAUGUACAAAGGGACCACGACUGCGAUAACCCCAGGGACCCUCAGAUGUACGAUAUGUGUGUUAUUUACUCCAAAAACUCUCCUCGUGGCGAGGCCCACGUAUGCCAGGUGUUGUGGUGUUUCCCUAGGUCACCAAUACCUUUUGCGUGUACAGAUGUGAAAAAGACGACUUGAAAACUUUUAGAUGGAAAUCCUGCUUGUCCUCCACCCACCCACCCCACCCCACCCCACCUGUCCUGCUCCUGUCCUUGAGUGCGCUUGGCACCGAGGAACCCACAGAGGAAGCGGCAGCGGGGCGGUGGAACCAUUGGUGUCCUCAUGUCGACUUGAUUAGAUCCGUGAAAACACUCCUUUUAGGUUAUGCAUUUAGAUGACUAUGAUGAAGAAAUUAGAUGUCAGUACAUCAUGCAGUUCUUUAAGAAUGGUCUGAAAUAAAAGCCUGUAUUUACCUUGAUGUAAUACACUGCUGUAAAUGCUUUGAGCUGUGUGUGUGUGUGUGUGUGUGUGUGUGUGUGUGUGUGUGUGUGUGUGUGUGUGUGUGUAUGUAUAAAAUGGUCAUCUUAACCCUCCCAUGUGAUGAAUUCCUUUUCUGUUGUCUUGCAUAUCAAAAGUAAAGAUGGUGUGUCACUUAUUAAGUGGAAGAAUUUCACUUAACUGAAAGGGAAAUGCUAGCAUACAUAAACAAAUGGACCAAAUCAAUUUGGAGCAUAUCUGUGUGAUAGGGAGAGAUUAUUGUGCUUCUGUAUGGAUUUUUAGUAACUUAAUAUAGUAUGACUUGCAUUUUGGUUUGUUUUUUGUAGUGAGGGGUCAGAUAAA